AUGCCUCUCACUCGCUCUGGUGAGCACGAACGCCGUGUCGGUGAGGAAAAGGACCAAGCCGUCGCCGGCGAUUGGCGACAUACUGCAACCUCACCGCCACCAGCUGAUAUCGUGUCUCUCAUGAAAUGGAUGGAGGAGACUAGGCUCAGAGAUGAGGAACGACGAAGAGAAGCAGAGGAAAGCAGAAGGCAAGAGGAUAAUGCCAGGUUUGAGGCUCUGAUCAGCAUGCUUGCUGCUCAACGGCAAACCCCUCAAGUCCUCCCUGAGGACGACGGCGAGGACCCCGAGAACCCCACCCGCCGCCAGCCCCAACAGCCACGGACUCCUUCCACUCAGAAGCCUGCAGCUCAGAUUCCACCGCCGCUGAAGCCCGACGCUACCUACCAACUGUUUCGUGAAUGGAAGCGACGCUGGCAGGACUAUGCAACAAUGGUGGACAUGUCCAGCUUAACACAGGAGAAGCAGCUCAUCCAGCUGCGUAUGUGUCUCACCCUUGAGACUCAACGUGUCUUAGAGCACACCUUACAAAUUCCUCCCACCACAGAUAAGACUGUCGAUGAGGUGGUGGACGCUCUGGAGCUACACAUCAAGGGUUUGCGGAACGAGGCAUUACGCAGAAGAGAGCUCUUCAGCUGCAGACAGAUGGAAGCUGAAACAUUCGCCGACUUUUACGUAAGGUUGCGACGCCGCGCCGAGGAGAUCGACAUCUGUCCUGGUAAGUCAUCGGUAUGCGAGGAGACUCAGCUUAAAUCGGUGAUUCUUAUGGGUGUCCGGGAUGAUGAGUUAAUCCAGCGACUCAUAUCCUUGGACGACAAGUGCUCCCUACAGGAGAUGGUCACGGCCUGCCGCUCCUACGAGGCAGCCAGAUGCGCCACGUCUGACAUCCGUGCCCAGCCUACACAGGUGAGAGCCUUAACCCCGCACCAGAAGAGUAAGAAACAGAAGAAUCUCGAUAAGCAACCUCCGCAACAGUCGACAGCGAAGACAGCAGAACUGUGUCAGUGCUGUGCAAGGUACCAUGAGACAGGGGCCUGCCCUGCAGCCCAGGUCACCUGUCGUAACUGUGGUCGCCAAGGCAACUUCGCAUCCACUGUCAAGUGCCCCGCCAGCAAAGCUCAGUGCCGUCUCUGCUCCCGUAUCGGCCACUUUGAUAGUUGUUGCAAGAAGGUAUCCCGUCAGAACCACAAGCGGGGUAGUACUGAUGGUGCUCCCACCCCUUCGCAACAAAAAUCCAAGCAGCUGUCCUGCCGUCGCGUGAUAUCUCCUAGCCCGGCAGUACCUCAACACGUCAGUGUUCUUGUCACCCAUGGUGGUAAGUCGUCGCACUUGCGGAUAAUGCCUGACACCAGCGCUGAUAUCACUAUGAUCGGCCCACAACACCUGAGGAGUCUUCAGAUUCCUUCGAGCCAGCUACAGACCCCCCCAGAAACCACUACACUCACAGCUGACGGUUCUGAAAUGGCUCCCGCCCUCGGAAUGCUCACGGCCACUCUAACUCUAGCGUUGGCCAUCAUCUCCAAGGACUUCCCCAAGCCAAUCUUGGAAGUAAAGCAUGCCAAGAAGUGCGUGGAGCUCCCGGUCUCUAGCAUCACACCACCUUCAGAAGCUAAGGUGUACUUUUUGAAGGAGUUCCAGGACGUUCUUGUGGACAAGGCAGCCUUAGAGUCCACACCACUCAAACCUAUGAUGGGUUCACCUAUGAGAAUCCAUCUCAAGGAUGGUACAGUGCCUUUUGCCAUCCAUACUGCCCGGCAGAUCCCCCUGGCUUUCAGAGGUCAAGUUCAAGAAGAGCUCGAAUCCAUGGUAUCUCAAGGAAUCAUUCGAUCUGCAGGUGAUGAACCCUCCGAGUGGUGUCACCCACUGGUCGCCGUGGCUAAACCUAAGGGAGGUGUAAGGAUCACGACAGAUCUGUCCAAACUCAACUCACAAAUCGCCCGACCAGCUCAUCCAUCGCCUACACCCUUUGCCGCUGUUCGUAGCGUGGAUGCCACAGCCCGUUACUUCUCGACGAGGGAUGCUCUCUGCGGUUACUGGCAGAUCGAUCUUGCUGAGGAAGACAGACACCUUACCACCUUCAUAACACCACAUGGUAGGUUCCAGUACUGCAGGGGACCGAUGGGAUUCGCAGCGACAGGUGAUGCCUAUUGCUUGCGAGGUGAUGCAGCUCUACAAGGCAUCAAGAAUUGUGUGAAAGUGGUUGACGAUAUCUUACAGUAUGACGCCGACUACACCACUCACCUGAGCCGCAUCCACCAAGUUCUCACCAGAUGUCGCGAAUUUGGCAUCACCCUCAACAGGGAAAAAUUUGUAGUCGCAGCACCCCAGGUAGAUUUCUGCGGAUUCACACUAUCAAUGGCUGGCAUUGCUGCUGACCCAGGUAAAGUGGCUGCUAUCAGGGAUUUCCCAACUCCAGCAAAUCUGACAGACCUCAGAUCCUUUAUGAGGCUUGUCAACCAGUUAGCUGAGUUUUCCCCUGAGAUCUCUGCGGCCGCUCAACCCCUCCGACCCCUGAUGAGCCCGAAGAGACAGUUCCUGUGGACACCGGAUCAUGAUGCGGCCUUUCGACAAGUCAAGGCAGCACUCUCACAACCUCCAGUCCUCACCUCAUUUGAUCCAGCCCGGCCAACUAUCCUCCAGACGGAUGCCUCUCGGCUCAACGGAAUAGGGUUUGCAUUACUGCAAGACCAUGGCGGCGGACAGCUACGCCUCUAUAAAUUAACUGAUGCAGAUAUCCAUAGAGAAAGACGAGGAACUCCAGUCACUACUAUGGCUGCCAUGGCAGUUUCUCCUACACGUCAGGCACAACCAGAUAAAUCUCCGAAAUAUAAUCCACCUCCCCCUCCUAAGAGGCACACCGCCCUAAAGCAGAGGAUGGACAUGCAGCCACCACCUAUUCCUGCUCCUUUCCAUAACGUUAAUCCGCGCCAAGCAAACAUGAGAACUGUAGAUUGUUACAAGUGCGGACAGUAG